GGAUGUUUGUAUACUCGGAGGGUCUCCGGGAGCAGUUUUGUCAGCGGGAGGCGGCGCAUGCGUGACAUUGAACCGGUGCUCAGACUGAAAACAUGAAGAUCACCGGACAGAGAGUUCAGCAGCUCCACCGGUGAUGUUUAACGGAGAUUCCCGGUUUUACGGAGCGCGACAGAACCAUGAGUGUCGCGCUGAAGAGCUGGAGUGCAAAUGAAGGACUCAAACACUUUAUGAUGAUGGUUUGGGUAGCUGUGAAUGUCUUUCUGUUUUGGAGAACAUUCAUGUUGUACUACAGCGGACCACAGUAUUAUUAUUUACACAAGAUGCUGGGGCUGGGUCUCUGCAUCAGUCGUGCGUCGGCCUCCGUUCUCAACUUGAACUGCAGUCUUGUUCUGCUGCCCAUGUGCAGAUCUCUGCUUACCUUCCUCCGAGGAUCCCAGCGGGUGACUGGUAGAAGUGUUCGUCGUCUGCUAGAUAAGAGUAAGACUUUUCACGUGGCGUGUGGAGUCACUAUAUGCAUCUUCUCAGUGGUGCAUGUGAGUGCACAUCUCGUGAACUUGGUCAAUUUCUCAGCUCAAUUUUCGGAGGAUUUCCCUGCACUCAACGUGGCUCAGUAUCGAGGGCAGGAUCCCAGAAUUCUCAUUGUAAGCACAGACUCUCAAACUACCAGAUAUUCUGGUACACGCACAACCUCUUCAUCCUGUUUUACAUCAUUCUGAUGGUGCACGUAGCGGGGGGAGCUUUAAAGUAUCAGUCAAAUGUGGAGACACACCCACCUGGCUGCAUCCAAAACAAUCUCAGUUCAGACUCCUGGACCAAUCACAGAGCAGCAGUAGAGGAGCGGGCGGAGCUUUCAGACAGAUCACAGACAGUCUGUCAAGAAGAGGCUUGUUUUCAUCCUCAUUUCCCUCAGACGUGGCUGUGGGUCUCUGCUCCUCUCUGCCUGUAUUGUGCUGAACGCUUGUAUCGCUUCAUAAGAAGCAGCGUAUCUCCUGUUGCCAUAGUUUCUGUCAUCAGUCAUCAGUGUGAUGUCAUAGAAUUGCGCAUGUUGAAGAGUGGCUUUAAGCCCCGCCCUGGACAGUACAUCCUGCUGAACUGUCCAACUGUGUCGUCAUUUGAAAACCAUCCCUUCACCCUGACCACAUGUCCAACAGGCAAGAAUGAAACAUUUGGUAUUCAUCUCAGAGUGCUGGGAGACUGGACCUCUAGGUUUUCUCAGCUGCUGCUUCAACCGUCAAACAGCUCUGAGAUCCUUCCCAUGAUGCACCAGAGGCGAUAUCCCACGGUGCACGUGGAUGGUCCGUUCGGCAGUCCGUCAGAGGAGGUGUUUAAUUAUGAGGUCAGCCUGUGUGUGGCCGGAGGGAUCGGAGUCACGCCGUUCGCUUGUGUCCUUCAAGCACUUUAUGACGACUGGUGCCAUUAUAAGCUGAAGCGGCUGUAUUUCGUGUGGAUCUGCAGAGACAUACAGUGCUUCUACUGGUUUGCUGAUCUACUGUGUGGCCUUUAUGAGAGGAGCAUUGGUGAGGAACGUUACCGUUUCCUGAGUUCCAGGCUUCGGAUUGGUCGACCAAACUGGAAGCUCCUUUUCCAGGAAAUAGGCAGAGCCAAUCAGCUUAAAAGAGUGGGAGUUUUCUGCUGUGGACCCAAAGGCAUCUCCAAAGCGUUACACACUCUGUGUAAUUCAAACCCACACUCACACACAGCCUUUGAAUACAACAAAGAGUCCUUCAGCUGAGGAUCACAGACAAAUUAAACCCGAUUUAUACUUCUACAGCGAGUGAUUGUCGUACCCAGAGGCGCAUUCAAUGCACGUAUACAGACGCCGCUGUGAGCAUUUAUGGUUCUGCAUUGUUGAUCUGCAGUAACACUUCUGAAACACUAGUGGGCAGUGGAGUUUCUAUCCUCAUUGUGUUCAGUUUCUUUAACCCAGGGAUGUCCAAACUGUGUCUUGGAGGGCUGGUGUCCUGCAUAGUUUAGCUCAAACUUCCUUCAACAUGCCUCCCUGGAAGUUUCUAGUAUAAAAAAGGGCUUGAUUAGCUUCUUCAUGUAUGUUUAAUAGGGGUUGGAACUAAAAUAUGCAGGACACCGGCCCUCCAGAAGCGGGUUUGGACACUCCUGCGUUUAACUCAUGGAUAUUGUUUAAAGGGACUCAACUUUCGUUAUGUUGGUGGCUGUUUUUGCCCGUUAACUUAUAUAAUUACAUUUUUGGUCAUUGACUUAUAUAAUGACAAUACUUAAAUAUAAUGACAUUUUUUGCUGGCAAAGCUUUGACAGCACAUAAUCAUGCAUUCUUGGUUGUUGGUGGUUUUCCAUGUUGGGAACGGGUACAAUUUGUGUUGUUUACUAUUUAUCAUCAGUUGGCACCAUUUAAUUCACUGUAAUGGGAAAACUUUUUUCCCCUGCUUCUAGUAACUCAUACACAGUUUUAUAUGUUAAUGACAACAUAAAACAGGAUGAAAUAUUAUAUCAAUAGAAGCUUUGAUUGUAAAUAUGAUCAGACAAAUUCAAUUUAGCACAUAGUUAUUGGCCACUUUGUUAGGUACACCAAACUUGUAUCAAUUUGGACCCACUUUUGCCUUCAAACCUGCCUUAAUCCUUUGUGGUAUAGAUUCAACAAGGUACUGGAAAUAUUCCUCGGAGA